GGAACACGCCGCCAAAACAGCAAACUCUGCGCCCGGCACCUCAACGACACUCCAUCCAGAGAUCAAGAUUGAGCCAUCAAAAUAUCGACAAUAACGCCAGUUUUACAUCAAAAAACUCGGCAAAACGGUGUUACAUGGCACCCUGAAUGAGAGGAGAAUUUUUUCCAUCGGGGUUUCCCCAGGCUUUCUGCCAAAUUUACAUCCCCAGCAGCCAUGGCGACCCGCAAAGUUCGGUACAAGAAACUGAACUCGAAAACACCGCUAUCAGUGCUCAGAGAGGACCAGAUAGAUGCAACUGAGUAUGAAUCACUCACAAAUGAAGCCCAAAUCGCCACCGGAGUCGAGCACGCUGAGGAAAAUGAAUACCAUCUCCAAGUAGUGCUGCAGAGCACGGGAGUCGCGGCAGACAAGGAGAUCCCUGUGCCGCCUCCCCAGGAGAGCUCGCUCAACUAUGACGAGCUCUAUGCUCGUCCAUUCUCCAAGACAUCCACCUACAUUCGCUUCUCUCAGACCGUCGAGGAAUCCAUUGCAUGCAUGUAUGAUAUGACCGAGGAAGAUGAAGUAUUCCUCAAGUCGUAUAACCAGAAGCGGACUCCGUCCGCCCAGCUCUCCGAGGAUGACUUCGAGAAGAUCAUGGAGGUGUUCGAGGACACGUCCGAGUUCAAGGCUCCUUACGCCGCCAUAGACCAGACCAUAGUUCCCUACGAUGACAUGCUUCAGGGCCUCCAGGAGCUGGAUAAGGCCAAGGUCAUGCCUCACGCCAAGGAGAUCUAUGAAUACUGGAAAUCACGGCGCCAAGCGUCGGGCAACCAACCGCUCCAUCCGAUGCUCAAAUUCGAGAGGCACCAAGAGAGUGAUGAUGCUGAUCCGUACGUCUGCUUCCGGCGUCGUGAAGUCCGUCAGACUCGCAAGACACGCGCCAGAGAUGUCCAGAGCGCGGAGAAACUGAAGCGUUUGCGGAAAGAGCUCGAGGAUGGUCGCCAGUUGGUCUUAGCCGCGCAGAACCGAGAGCUUCUGAAGGCAGAGAUGCUCAAGGCUGACCGUGCCAUCUUCGAGCUGCGAGCCCAGCUCAAGGAGCAUAAGAUUCGGUUGGGCAUCAAGACCGAUGAUGAAGACCUCAUCAACCAGAAGCCGCAGCGGAGGAAAGCCCCGGAGGUUCCUGCUGUGCAGCGGCCACCGCCUCCAUCGCAACUCCGCAUCACUGUCCGGCCAGAUGGGCGACCGGCCGAGGCUGACCUUUCGCACCUUGCCGAUCGAUUGGCCGAAAAGGAGAAUGAGCUCCGGGCAGACAUCGAAAAGAAGGUCAAGAGUCAUAACCAAUGGAACUGCAACCAUUUGGACCUCACACGAGGUCCGCUCUCGCCGGUCUACGGCCCUCGACGGGAUAUCAGUUUUAGGCCGGCUAAGACGCAGUACUUGAUGACGCCACCAGCUAGUGCAUCCUCGGCGUCCUUGGAAGAGCCAACGCCAAUGGAUGUCGAUAAGCCGCAGAAUCCCCAGCCCGUCUUCAACUUUAGGGGCGUAGCACAGGCUGAGCAAACGAGGGAAAACCCGCCGGCAUACCGGCGUCGGAUCGGCAGACUCGGUCGGUUAUGGAUCGAUCGUCGGGGGCUAGCCAGUCCGCCACGCGAUGUCAGUGCCGAGGUGCUGGAUCGGUGGAAAUAUGACCAGUCGUCGGACGACGAGGAGGAGCCACCAACAUACGAGGUCGAUCCCUUCGAUACCAACGCUCUGAGAUUCCGUGCUUCGAUCCCGCUCCCGCCGUGGAUGACGAACAGGGUCGCAGUCGCGAAUGCCCAUGCCCGAGCCCCACUAGUACAACCUCAACAACCACAACCACAACUACAACCUCAACCACAACAGCAACCACCGCAACCACAACCAACGUCGCAACCACAGCAGCCAACGGAAGGCUAAUGGCGCAUGAACAAAGGGAAUUCCUCUCGAUGGUCCAAGAGCUCCCCUAUGUGCCACAACACAUGAAAAUGGGACCAAACCAAAGAAGCGAGCGUGACCGUGAGUAAUGUAAAAGCGAGUGUUGGGCUGCGAUGGUUGUCAGAUAAAAAGUCGGUCGACCUCCUGAACUACGUUCGAUGGGGUUGGCUUGUUGCUCGUGGUUUCCAGGUAUGUUGUCCGCCGUCUCCGUGCGGUUGGGCUUCAGCAAGAAAGGUUCCUUGCUCUGUACACCCCCU